GGGUGUUCUAGUGACAGCUACUCCAUUUCUAUAUUAUUAUGGAGAUGACAUAUUGCGGUUUAUCAAAGUCGUGUUGUCUCAACUAGGUCUUGGCAGUGGUCUCGUAAGCGUCCCAGGGCCCUCGACCGACACGCGGUUUUUGAGAUUCUCGCAUGGCGACGUGAUGACAACCGACUACCUCAAAGCGUACGGGCCAUUGUACAAGAUAUUCUCUGGCUCGAUGACAGAGCUCGUUUUGACACACCCUGAGGACGUACAGUCGUUUUACCAGGGGGACGCGAAGGCCCACCCGAAGAUGCCAAAUGUUGGGUUUGGGCACUAUAUGGGCCGGUAUGUCCCUUUCCUCUGUUCUGUCCUCCCCUCCCUCCCUCUCAUCCCCACCUCCCACACAUAACGUCUCUAAUCAAUACAUUAACCACAUACGUAACACUAAUCAAAUGCACUCAUCGACCAGAAUCCUCGGUGAAUGCGUGGGUUUCAAACACACUGAUGACUGGCGACGUAUUCGAUCACACACAGAUCGCCACUUCACGGCUUCAAUUGCUAUAGAAUCUAUCCCCGUAUUGAUGAAGGAUGUGAAAGAAUGGUUUGAUGGACUGGAGGGGAAGGGAUUUAUCAAACCAAUCAGCGAGAAAGGGAAGAAGAUGGAGGUGAUGGCAUCGGAUUUGUUCUGGGAUAUCCCGUUUAAGAUGAUUUCGAAAGUCAUCUUUGGGGAGAUGUUAGAUGACAACCUCUUCAAAGAACUGUGGAGCUACAAUGGACUGCAUGAGCGGCUGAUGAUGACAAGUUUCUUCGGGAAGCUGGAGCAGUGGGCCUUGUCUUCGUAUCUUCCGACGGCGGCGAAUCGUGAUAUGGCGGCGUUCCAACGAGGGUGGGGAGAUUUGCUGAAGAGGGUUAGUAACGAGGCUUACGAGAAGGGCAUAUUUAUGCCUGUUGGCGAGAUGUAUAAAAAGGUCCUAGACGGAGAGAUGACGUUUCCCGAGUUCACCCAUACGAUCGAUGAGACGUUGUUCACCAACAUUGAUGCUACAACUGUCUCGAUCAUGUGGGCGGUGACUCUUGUAGCGCAGCAUGAGGAAGUGCAAGAACGUUUGUUGAGCGAGAUCGCGCAGAUAUGGGAACCUGAAGGAGAUGAGGAGGACCAGUUGAACCUGUACUUGAAGAGGACGGAUACGCUGCUCCACCACUGUUAUAUGGAGUCUGGAAGGCUGCGUCCUAUCUUGUUUUACUCCAUGUCUGAACAAACCGCCGACUCAAAGGUCAUCCGCGGACACGUCAUCCCAGCGGAAACGUCCAUUCUCAUCAAUGGCCACGCGCUCAACCGCGUCUCUCCCAUCUGGAGUCCUGACGGGGAUGUUUUCCGUCCCGACCGUUUUGCCUCACUUUCACCCGCUGUUUACCGCUACUCGUUCUGGCGAUUUGGGAUGGGUCCGCGGAAGUGCCUUGGGAUGCAUUUUGCAGACAAGGUUGUAAAAUGCUGCUUGUUCGAGAGUGUUAGGAGAUAUAAGAUUAGUGUGCGGGGCGAGGUAGAUGUGAGGAGGGAUAGAUUUGUGCAGAUGCCUCUGGCGACACUUGUUUUUGAGCGUCAUUAGGAUUUAUGGUGCUCUGGAGGGACAUGGUGUCAAUGUACUUGUGUUUCUUGCUUUUAUGUCUGGCUGGCUAUUUGUAUGUACGAUGCACCGAAUAUGUGUGAUUAGCUAAUAGCGAGUCUAUUUUUGGGUGUU